AGGUAAUGUAAGCAUUUCAGGUAUACACAAGAGAGGAAGACGGCAUGUCAGCUCUUUGUCCACCACCAUCUCCUGCAGUUGCUAAAACGGAGAUCUCUUUGAAUGGCGAGUCACCUUUAUUAGCUGCCACUUUCGCUUACUGGGACAAUAUUCUUGGCCCCCGAGUGCGGCAUAUCUGGGCCCCAAAGACAGAACAGGUACUUCUCAGUGAUGGUGAAAUAACUUUUCUUGCUAACCACACCCUGAAUGGAGAAAUACUUCGGAAUGCAGAAAGCGGUGCAAUAGAUGUGAAGUUCUUUGUCUUGGCAGAAAAAAGGGUAAUCAUUGUGUCAUUAAUUUUUGAUGGAAACUGGAACGGAGACCGAAGCACAUAUGGACUAUCAAUUAUACUUCCACAAAGUGAACUUGGCUUCUACCUGCCACUUCACAGGGUGUGCGUGGAUAGGUUAACACAUAUUAUAAGGAAAGGAAGAAUAUGGAUGCAUAAGGAGAGGCAAGAACAUUUCCAGAAGAUUGUAUUGGAAGGCACAGAGAGAAUGGAGGAUCAGGGCCAGAGCAUCAUUCCAAUGCUGACAGGAGAAGUCAUUCCUGUAAUGGAGCUCCUUUCAUCUAUGAAAUCACACAGCGUUCCAGAAGAAAUCGAUAUAAGUGACACAGUGCUAAACGAUGAUGACAUUGGGGAUAGUUGCCAUGAAGGCUUUCUUCUCAAUGCAAUUAGUUCACACCUGCAGACCUGUGGUUGUUCUGUAGUUGUAGGAAGCAGCGCAGAAAAAGUUAAUAAGAUUGUGAGAACAUUGUGUCUGUUUCUUACACCGUCAGAGCGGAAGUGUUCCAGACUCUGUAGAAAUGAGUCUUCUUUCAAAUAUGAGUCAGGACUUUUUGUUCAAGGCUUACUCAAAGAUGCAACAGGAAGCUUUGUGUUGCCUUUCCGUCAAGUAAUGUAUGCCCCAUAUCCGACUACACAUAUAGAUGUAGACGUCAAUACAGUGAAGCAGAUGCCCCCUUGUCAUGAACACAUCUAUAACCAACGACGAUACAUGAGAUCUGAGCUGACAGCAUUUUGGAGAGCUAAUUCAGAUGAAGAAAUGUCUCAAGAUCAUAUUAUCCACACAGAUGAGAGUUUCACACCUGAUUUAAAUGUCUUUCAAGAUAUCCUGCAUCGAGAUACAUUAGUAAAAGCCUUCCUGGAUCAGAUCUUUCAUCUGAAGCCUGGCUUGUCUCUAAGGAGUACUUUCCUUGCACAAUUUCUGCUAGUCCUCCACAGGAAAGCCUUAAUUUUAAUAAAAUACAUAGAGGAUGACACGCAAAAAGGAAAAAAACCUUUUAAGUCUCUUCGUAGCUUAAAGAUAGAUCUUGACUUAACAGCAGAGGGCGAUCUUAACAUAAUAAUGGCUUUGGCCGAGAAGAUUAAACCAGGUCUACAUUCCUUCAUCUUUGGGAGGCCGUUCUACACUAGCGUACAAGAACGGGAUAUGCUCAUGACGUUUUAA